UUCUGCGAACAACGCACCCAACCGCUUUAUUCAUCUCUCUUCGUGCUUCCUCAAGAGCACAAUUAUCUCUCUCUCUCCCUCAAAGUUUGUUCCUUUUCGCAGAACCAGCCCUUCAUCGACUUCAAGGUUUUGGUCUGCUGACGGUGUAUCAGUAUUGCGUACUUGUAUUGAGUUCGAACUCGAGAUGAACAAUAUUUAGUACCCGAGUUCUGGAAUGAUGAUAUGACUGCACCUACAGGGACUUUUUGGUCAAUUGGACUUCUGAAAAAAUGGAUAUCAAUUGAAGCCAUGUCUUAUCUUCAAGAUUUAUUGGCACGAUCUUCCGCCAUUUUCUGAGAGUCCUAGUCAGCUGUAGUAUUCUGAGAGCUACUUUCUAUGGUACUAACCACUAAAGACUCCAUUUUUAACUUGCUCAGGUAGUAUUGAAUUGGAAUUUACAUUAAGAACUGGGUCCAUCCACCUGAGGUAGUGGAGGCCAUAUUUGAGAUGGAAAAAAAGGUUGCCUUGAUGGUGAUAGUGUCAUGAUGUUUAGAUUGAUCAUUCUCGACCCUUUGUUUAGUGAUGGAAAAUGUCAGAGUUCAAUGCAGUCUAGUGAGGUUGUUGAUUUGAACUGAGCACGAGUAUGUUCGCUUUUGUGUUUACAUUGUACAUACUAAGGUGACGGAGAGGCUGGCUAAGUUAUAAUGCCAUGGGCAAUUCCAUUGACUUCGUAAAUGUUUUGGUGGUCAAUUCAUUCUUCUCAUUGCCCUAGUAUUUGGAGUUCUGUGAUGUUGCUGUAUGUUCGUGUUAUAUAGAGCGGUGAGCUGAUGGAUAUACUGAUGAUUGUGUGCUUAGGUGUUGUCAAUGAAAAGUGAUCAUGGUGACCAGCUUUUGAUACAUUGACACAUGCCAUCUCUGGAGAAUCUUGUGCUUAGGUGAUGGGACUGAACCAUGUAGUUUGGUUUGCAAUAUUUGACGGGCGAUGCUUAAUUAACAAGUGGAGAUUUGGAUCUAGUGCCUCUUAUCAUUAGCCUUGUGGUGGUUGAUUGCCCGUAAGUAGAGGGCAAUCAGGUGCUGAUGUUUGAAUCACUGAAACACAGAGCUUGGUUCCCUAAGAUUGGUGUAGGCUACCAGGGUGGAGGGAAAAGUUUGGUGUUUCCAUUGCCUGGAUAUUAGGCAGUGGGCUGCUUACUCAUUGUUUGGUUUCUUCAAAUUGGCAUAGCUCUGUAGGUUAUCAGGUUUGAUGGCACCCUCUACUUGUUGUACGGUCUUUUCUGUGCUUUCACACGAAGAAAAGUUUCCAGAUUUCAGAUUUUUGAGAAUAUCCUGGUUUCUUUUUUUAGGACAUCUUCUUGCUGACAAGUCUCACUGGAGAGAAUCUUAACAAUACUAAUAUCGUGCUUCUUUCUUCUGAGCCCUCCAAUCUCAUCUUAUAGGGUGCAAGUAUACCCCUUCUUAUAGGGUGCAAGUAUACCCCUUUAUUUGUACUCUAUAGCUUCAAUUGCAAACUUUCUCAAGAUGUGUAAGAAGACAACACCAUUUAAGUCUUCAGAGGAAGAUUCUCUUCAUAUUGAGCGAGGGAUUUGUAAGUGUAGAAACUUGUUGUAGAUUUAGAAGUCUCCAGGUUUAAGCAACAUGUAUAUUUUUUUGGCUAUAUUAACCUGAUCUUGUGGGUUUACAGUUUUCAGAAUCUGUAUCUAAGUCUUACUUUUUGUAAUCAGUGACUUAACCUCAACUUGGUUUUACAUGAUAGAAAGGUAUUGUAGGGCAGCAAUAAAAUGUAAGCAAUGUUUUUAUUAUUAUUAUGGAUCUAUGUGCAAUUACCAGAUUAUCUUUUCUAUUUGACUAUUUAUAUAUUCUCUUAAUAAUAUCACAGAUUUAUUUUGUUGGGUUUUUUAAACAUAACUGCGCCUUCUCUCUCUUUUUGUUCUAGGGUUGAUUACUUCUAUUUGUUUCUUCUUUUAACAGAAGCAACACAUUUUUUGUACGAUAGUUAAUUUUUUUUUUUUUACGUUGUCUUCAUUUCAAUAUUAUCAUACUGUCGGAAUAAAAUACCAUGUUACUCCAUUGUAUCCAUAAUCGUUUUGACUUUUGCAGCUUCAUGCAUGACAAGUAUUGAGUUAUAUACUUGUUCUUCUCAUGAAUUUUCGUAUUUUUCUUUGAGUCAUGUUUAUGCCUAUCCUAGAAUUGCCCGUGACAUCCAAGUUUUAUAUGUGCUGCAUGGUGUACAGUUCAUCUAUGCAGUGAUUAUCAAAGGAUUUUUUGUUCUAUGUUCCACUCGUUGCUCCCCAUGAACAUUUUUCAGCCAAAUGGCACACAUUUCAUUAUAUUAGUGCUCUUUUUCCUUGGUAAUACAUUUUAAUUUAUUUCAGAUCUAUUUCUUAAUAGUCUCACCACAACACUUGAGGAGUGUCUGGUACUUUUCUGUCUCAUUUCAGCCAUUGAAUACACUGCCUCUGAUCUUCAACUUGCCCCUCCUUAGGUUUGGAGAGAGCAAUCUUUUCUUGUAUGUGAACGGCAAGUCAUCCAUUGUUCAUCUGAUAAUUUUGGGUAAAGAGGGGUUGAAACUCAUAAUUUGCGUAUACUGUCUCUGAAGGUGAUCUCUAAUCCUGUGAUUCAAAGUCCAAACCCAGAAUAAAAUGGCUCCCUCUAUUUUCAUUGGAAAUGCCAUCUUAUUGGAGAUGAAAGCGAGUGACAAGGGAGUUGGUUGACAAUGACAUAGGGUGCUAGUGGGUGUGCAAUUAGGCUUUGAAUGGUCCUCUGGAGCACUAUAUUUUUUUAAACAGAACAACAUGACUUUUACUUCAAUUUUUGGCCUUGAUUAGAAUGGAGAUUGGUGGAUCAAAGUGUGAAAGCACAUUUAUAGGCACGGCUCUCUUGGUCAACUAUCUAUUUGUUGAUGUUGUGGCAUGUACUUCAUACUUAGUCAAACUAUUUUGAAAAUUUAAAUUGGUAUGUGAAGCAGGAACUUGGUGGGUUAAUCUUCCUUAAAAUGCAUUUUGCCUUGCCAUCUCUGGAAGUUAAUUGUCAUCUUGCAUUUAUAUUUGUGUUGGUUGCAUUUUUCCAUUGUUGGAACUUGAUGACUAGUUUUAAUUUCUUUGAAACUUGUCUGGUUUUGGUUUGAGGGGUCUUCUCUUAUCUUCUGAAGUCUGUUGAAGAAUUUUUUCAAUUAGAAUUGUAACAAGGUUGCUACUUUCUUUCUCCCAUCCACACUCUGAAUUGCACAAGAAUUCUCCUUUGUUUGUUUAAAAAACAAAAAUUAAUUAUUACCUUGCAGUAUUUAUAUAAAUUUUUCUGUAAUGGGCUACUUAUCGAGAUUUUAUGGUUAAUGGCAAAAACACAUGGAGGCCCUAGGCUUCUGUAGAAGUAAAAUACAAUAUUAAUCAAUGUUUUGAGAUCCCUUCCCUGUUUUGUGCAGGUUGUGGGUUUGUUUGGUAGAUUCUGUUCCAGCUCAUAACUUGUUCGUAGCUGUAAGGUGACGAAAGUUAUGGGGCAUAGACAUCAGUUCAGCACAUCUCAUGUUUUUGAGGGUGAAAAUGAUCAGAAUUGGAAUCAUAUGAAUACGGAGCAACCUUUUGGGCAUUUGGCAGCCAGGGCUGGCUCUGGAGAGAAUGGUUCUUUCUUAUAUCCUGUAGAAAAUAUGUUUAUAGAUGGGAUGCCUUUUGCAUCAAAUUGGAAUCCGGCUCUGAGGUCAUAUGGGUAUUCUAACUUGAACCACAAUGUUGAUGUGCCACAUUAUCAACCUGAUGCUUCUGGUCCAUCUCAUGAUCCUUUUCAGCAUCCAUUGGGUGCUGGCACCUUUGGUACGGUCGGUGGAAAUUAUGCUCACCAUGCACCCUCUUCCAGCUAUGACCGGAGGGCAUUCCAUGGUGUUGAGGGUGGUUUUGUCGAUCUCACAAUGAGCAAUGGAAGAGGGCCUCACAAGCGAAAAAGCCCAGGGAUCCCUUCAGUAUCUGAGAGAGGCAGCACAAGCAGAUACUAUAGUGCUGGAAGUAGUUCCUCUGAGCUCCCUAGAUCUUCAGAAUUACAGCAGGAGAAAGUAAACAUGGAUACCCCAUACAUGCCUUGGGAUCACAUGUCUAUGAUGCCCAGUUAUAGAGGGAAUGGACUCUCAAUUAGGGGUGAGGGAUCCAUGAGAAAUGUGAGAAGCCGGUCUGAACAUGAUUUGGAGUCCAACUUAGCUAGGACACAUUUGUCGAGCAAUCCUUUACAUAGUUCCUAUUCUACAAAUCUCCCCCCUAUUGACCAUUCUAGUACGAUGGAUCUUUCUGGCCAGGGUUCUAUUGGUUUGACCCAUGAGUGGAAUCAUAUUAACGUGUCUCCUUCUCAUGGAAGGAUUAUAACUCCAGAUGCAAGUGGUUUCAGUCAUGAUCCCAACCACUUCCUUGUAGGAAGCAGUGUGGGUAAUGCUUCUGUGGAAACGGGGUUAUACCAUCAUGAUUUCAUGUCAAGCAGAGCCACUGCUGUUCCUCAAAGUUAUCCUGGUGUCUUACCACAAUCUGUAAGGGGAGUUCGUAGCAGCUAUUCUCAAAGAUCUGCCCCAACCUUCAGGGCUUCUUCAAGCAACGUGCGAGUGGGACAUGCACCACAUUCAGAAGAAGGAUUGCAGUUGGCGUCUGAAAGUUAUCCUAGACAUCCUAGGCCAGUGGCCACAGUUGGGUGGCGUAACAGUGAUAGGAGUGGUAGGUCGAGGAUGUCUAAUGAUAGAUUUCGGGUUUCUGAAGAGACUGGUCUCCAGGAUCGGUUUUCGUCUGAGGGUUUUAUGAUUGUGGAUCGCCCAGCCUUGUAUGGGUCCAGAAAUAUGUUUGAUCAUCAUAGAGACAUGAGGCUGGACAUAGACAACAUGAGUUACGAGGAACUCCUAGCGCUAGGUGAAAGGAUUGGGAAUGUCAGCACAGGCGUGUCUGAAGAUUUGAUACCAAAGUGUUUGACAGAAACGAUAUAUUGUUCGUCAGAUCAAAUCCAGGAGGAAGGCACAUGUGUGAUCUGCCUGGAAGAGUACAAGGACAGGGAUGAUGUCGGGGCAUUGAAAACUUGCGGCCAUGAUUACCAUGUGAGCUGCAUCAAGAAAUGGCUGUCAAUGAAAAACUCUUGUCCAAUCUGCAAAGGUUGUGCUCUCCCUGAUAAUAUGAAGGAGAAAUAAUUUAAUCGCAUCGCUUGCGCUUCAUUACAUUGGCAUUCUUGUAUAUAUAUUUAGAGAUAAUCCUCAAAAUAGAGGAAGCAGACUUGUUUUGUGUAUUGUAAAGGGAAUGCUAGCCAAUUUCAAUCCAUUUGUUUCAUUUCAGGCUUCCAUUUAAAUAUUGUGAAGCCUUUUUUAAACCCUUGAUAUUUUCAUGGGGCUUUAGUGCAAAGAAAAUUUUAUUUA